CGGCUGCCGAGGAACUGAGCAGAGCCGGCUCCAAACUUCUCAGCUGUUGACAGGCUUGACUUGCUGAGAACACUGGUUAAAUAUAGCACACGCGAGCUCAGCUCCUCGACAAAGUCAUAGCUCUGACAGUGCUGUGAAGGGAGCAGAAGACGAGAAACCUAAUCUCAGAAACCCAACAACACCUAGCAACAGUUGAAAAAACUUUUAAACAAAAGUCUGGGUGGGAGAGAUACAACAGCCUCCAAUUGCUGCUGAUCGGGAUUUCAGGGAGAAGGAGCCGCUUUCCUUUCUCUACUACCCCGUUUCCUGCAUGACUUCAGCUAUUGGCUAGUCCUAGGAAAGAAAGUGGGAAAAGCUUUUUCCUCUGUAUUCUUUUGGGCUGGAUGGUUUUCCAGGACUCCAGUCUCUCCUGGGCUGUGGGGCAAGCCCCUGGGUUCUUCAAAGGAUAAGCUCCCUCCGUAAAGGACGUACCUUUGGUUUAGACGAGCUGCCUGCCAGUCAGGUGGGAAUGAGAUCCCGAAACCAGGGCGGUGAAAGUUCAUCCAUCGGGCAUGUCUCCUGCCCCAAGUCCUCCGUCAUCAGCAAUGCUGCUGAUAAAAGUCUCUCAGAAGACACGAAAAAGAAGAACAAAUCCAACAGAAAGGAGGAUGAUGUCAUGGCUUCAGGAACUGUCAAACGACACCUAAAACCAUCUGGAGAAAGUGAACGGAAAAGUAAGAAAUCCUUGGAGUUGUCCAAGGAAGAUCUCAUCCAGCUACUCAGUAUAAUGGAAGGGGAGCUACAGGCCAGGGAAGAUGUGAUCCACAUGCUGAAGACGGAGAAAACGAAGCCUGAGGUUCUGGAGGCUCAUUACGGGUCUGCGGAGCCAGAGAAAGUACUCCGGGUCCUGCACCGAGACGCCAUCCUGGCCCAGGAGAAGUCCAUAGGAGAAGAUGUGUACGAGAAACCCAUCUCAGAGCUGGACAGACUCGAAGAAAAGCAAAAGGAAACCUACCGGCGCAUGCUAGAGCAGCUGCUUCUGGCUGAGAAGUGUCACCGGCGCACGGUGUACGAGCUGGAGAACGAGAAGCACAAACACACGGACUACAUGAACAAGAGCGACGACUUCACCAACCUGCUGGAGCAGGAGCGGGAGAGGUUGAAAAAACUCCUUGAACAGGAAAAAGCUUACCAAGCCCGCAAAGAAAAGGAAAACGCUAAGCGGCUCAACAAACUGAGAGAUGAGCUUGUGAAACUCAAGUCCUUUGCACUCAUGCUGGUGGAUGAAAGGCAGAUGCACAUCGAGCAACUUGGCCUGCAGAGCCAGAAAGUACAGGACUUGACUCAGAAACUGAGGGAAGAGGAAGAAAAGCUCAAAGCCAUCACUUCCAAAUCCAAAGAAGACAGGCAGAAAUUGCUCAAGUUGGAAGUGGACUUCGAACACAAGGCAUCAAGGUUUUCCCAGGAACAUGAGGAGAUGAAUGCUAAGUUGGCCAGUCAGGAGUCUCACAACAGACAACUCAGACUCAAGCUGGUUGGCCUGACUCAGAGAAUCGAGGAGCUGGAAGAGACCAACAAAAACCUUCAGAAGGCAGAAGAAGAGCUUCAGGAACUAAGAGAUAAGAUUGCCAAAGGGGAAUGCGGCAACUCCAGCCUCAUGGCAGAAGUGGAAAAUCUACGGAAGCGCGUGCUUGAGAUGGAGGGUAAAGACGAAGAGAUCACGAAAACCGAGUCCCAGUGCCGGGAACUGAGAAAGAAACUGCAGGAGGAAGAACACCAUAGCCGGGAGCUCAAAAUUGAAGUUGAGAAGUUACAGAAGAGAAUGUCGGAACUGGAGAAACUGGAAGAAGCGUUUAGCAAGAGUAAAUCUGAGUGCACCCAGCUGCACUUAAAUCUGGAGAAAGAAAAGAACUUAACCAAGGACCUGCUCAACGAACUGGAGGUGGUCAAGAGUCGGGUUAAAGAACUGGAAUGUUCUGAAAGUCGAUUGGAAAAGGCUGAAUUAAGCCUCAAAGACGAUCUUACAAAGUUGAAGUCCUUUACCGUGAUGCUGGUGGAUGAAAGGAAAAAUAUGAUGGAAAAAAUAAAGCAAGAGGAGAGAAAAGUGGAUGGACUCAACAAAAAUUUUAAGGUGGAGCAAGGAAAGGUUAUGGACGUCACGGAAAAACUCAUCGAAGAAAGUAAGAAACUUUUAAAGCUGAAAUCUGAAAUGGAGGAAAAGGUAUACAAUUUAACGAAAGAGAGAGAUGAGUUAAUAGGCAAACUGAAAAGUGAAGAAGAAAAAUCCUCCGAAUUAAGCUGCAGUGUGGACUUAUUAAAGAAGAGACUUGAUGGAAUAGAGGAAGUGGAGAGAGAAAUAACAAGAGGAAGGUCUCGAAAAGGACCUGAGCUCACCUGCCCUGAAGAUAACAAAAUUAAGGAACUAACCCUGGAAAUUGAGAGACUGAAGAACCGUCUGCAACAACUGGAGGUGGUGGAAGGGGACUUGAUGAAGACGGAAGAUGAGUAUGACCAGCUGGAGCAGAAAUUUAGAACUGAGCAGGAUAAGGCCAAUUUCCUCUCUCAGCAAUUGGAGGAGAUCAAACACCAAAUCGCCAAGAACAAAGCCAUAGAGAAAGGCGAGGCCGUGAGCCAAGAAGCUGAACUGAGACACAGAUUUCGGCUGGAAGAAGCCAAAAGUCGCGAUUUAAAAGCUGAGGUCCAAGCUCUUAAAGAGAAGAUUCACGAACUGAUGAACAAAGAAGAUCAGCUUUCUCAGCUCCAAGUGGAUUACUCUGUCCUUCAACAGAGGUUUAUGGAAGAAGAAAAUAAGAACAAAAGCAUGGGCCAGGAGGUCCUCCAUCUGACCAAAGAGCUGGAGUUGUCCAAGCGAUACAGCCGCGCCCUGAGGCCCAGCGUGAACGGGCGCAGGAUGGUGGAUGUUCCCGUGACAUCCACGGGCGUGCAGACGGAUGCCCUGGGCAGCGAGGCGGCGGAGGAGGACACACCAGCCGUGUUCAUCCGCAAGUCCUUUCAGGAGGAAAACCACAUCAUGAGCAACCUUCGCCAGGUGGGACUGAAGAAGCCUCUGGAACGUUCGUCGGUUCUCGACAGGUAUCCGCCCGCGGCCAACGAGCUCACCAUGAGGAAGUCCUGGAUCCCGUGGAUGAGGAAGAGGGAGAACGGGCCCCCGGUGGCUCCGGAGAAGGGGCCCCGCGCCAGUGCCAGCCCAGGGCACCCAGGAGAGCUGGUGCUCUCGCCCAAGCAGGGCCAGCCGCUGCACAUUCGUGUGACCCCGGACCACGAGAACAGCACCGCCACUCUGGAGAUCACCAGCCCCACAGCAGAAGAGUUCUUCUCGAGCACCACCGUCAUCCCCACCCUGGGCAACCAGAAGCCGAGGAUCACCAUCAUCCCCUCCCCGAACGUCCUGUCUCAGAAGCAGAAAGGUGCAGAAGCUACCCUCGGCCCGGAGCGAGCCAUGUCUCCAGUCACCAUCACCACCUUUUCCAGGGAGAAGACCCCAGAGGGCGGGAGGGGGGCGUUUGCCGACAGGCCCACGUCCCCCAUCCAGAUCAUGACCGUGUCCACAUCGGCGGCCCCGACGGACAUCAAUGUCCCUCCCGAAUCCCAGGAAAUGCCCGUGGGAAGGACGGUCCUCAAGGUCACCCCGGAGAAGCAGCCUGGACCAACCCCAGUCCGGAAAUACAACGCCAAUGCCAAUAUCAUAACCACGGAAGACAACAAAAUCCACAUUCACCUAGGCUCUCAGUUUAAGCGAGGCCCGGGGACUUCGGGCGAAGGGGCGAGUCCGGUGAUCACUGUCCGACCGGUCAGCGUGACGGCCGAGAAGGAGGUGUCCACCGGCACCGUCCUUCGCUCGCCCAGGAACCACCUGUCGCCUCGCUCUGGCUCGAGCAAAGUGACCAGCACCAUCACCAUUACCCCGGUCACGACUUCAUCAGCCAGAGGAACCCAGUCAGUGUCGGGACAAGACGGGUCAGCCCAGCGACCUACACCCACCCGCAUUCCUAUGUCAAAAGGUAUGAAAGCAGGAAAGCCAGUAGUGGCAGCCCCAGGAGCAGGAAAUCUGACCAAAUUCGAGCCUCGAGCUGAGACUCAGUCUAUGAAAAUAGAGCUGAAGAAAUCUGCAGCCAGCAGCGCUACCUCUCCUGGAGGGGGGAAGGGCUGAGGGCAGUGGCGGAGGGGAAAGCAUCAUCAUUCACCAGUUACGUAUGAACUCAAGAUGAAAUGGUAAACCAAGCACAUACUGGGUGUGCGUAUUUCCUCUGAAUCCCUGUUGAAUGGAUAAUAUAUCUCCAGCCCUCCACCAUCACUAAGGUCCUCCAUGCUACUGAUCACUACUGGAAAUAAUUUCCUACUUCCAGUGAAUUUUUUUUUUUUGAGGAUAUAAACGUAAAAACUGAAAAUGGUUUUGCUGAUAAUAUAAAAAUAGGUAGCAAGAGCAAUUCAAUCUUUGUGUCAAAUUUCUCUUCCUUUGGCAAAGCUUUCAGGUCCACGGGCACAUGCUGUGUAAUUUAUUUUUAUAAUACACUUUGUAAUGUGAUUAUUUUUUCCUAAAGUGUUUCCUUCUUCAUAGUCUAUGGCACAUGUAUUUGUAGACCACACUGUCGGUUCGCCAAAGUAUUGGUAUUGGUGCGUUCAAAAUCGUAAGUUCUGCUUAUUUUCUUCUAUCAAUUUGCUAUUCCUGAAAAAAAAGAAAAAUAAAGUACAACACUCUAUAUAUUUCCUGGGGUAAAUUCAAGAGGUAAAACCAAAGCAGGAGGUCCUGGAAGAUCUGCUAUUAUUGUUUGUACAAUCCUCUGGUUCUGAUCAUGGUUCACCACUUGCAAGCAACACUGUGAUUUAAGAGUUUAAUUUUAAAUACUUAAGCCAGUUUUUUAAAGUUGCUCUUUCUGGUGUUCUGUGCCCAAAACCCUGGAUGAAUUUGUUUUCAUAUGGAACAAACUAAUAGAAGGAGCUGUGUGCGUUUUACCAGUAAGCCUUAAAGGAACAGCUUUUACUGACAAUUCUAUUGUAUUUCUGUUUGCAUUAUGUACUUACAUGUACAGGAUGUAUAAUAAGGACUGUGAUAUGAGAUUAUUUCUCACAAUCUAUCCAAAUGAAAGCGUGAAAAUAAAAACUGACCUAGAUACUAUCAGCAUCUUUUUUAAAAAUGGUAAAAGAAAUCCCAAGAUACGUAAGCUUUUUUCUUGAUAGCUAGGAUUUGGGCACAUUUUCAUAAUCCCCUAAAGGUUAGAUAAUAUAGUCUUUAAAGAUUCAAAGCACAAUAUGCAUUAAGCAAAUCUCAGUGUCAGACCUGCUGUUGAAUUUAGGUUUAUGUGAAAAUAUGCAUUAGAAAACUACUUGAAACUCUAAUAGUGUAGGUUUUUUUAAAAAAGAUUUUGUUAAUAUGGAUAUGUUUUCAAUAAGGUCUUUAAAAAGAUAAGCUUGAAGACAAAUGAGGAGUGGACACAUCAGUUUCUAGGAGCAUAAAUCAUGUAUCAUGUCACUUUAUUGAGAUUAAAGAAAGGAUGCUUGUUAGCAUCACAAGGAUAACUAGAGAGCACACAGGUAAUAUUAUUGGCCCAUUUCUCUGGUCCACAACUUUACCCAGGUUCCUGAGGCCAUGAGGGGAAUACACACUGAAUCUAUGGAACGGAAGCAUUAGGUUUUAAGGUAUACCUUGUGGAAUUAGCAAAUCACAUUCAGUAGGUAUUAAAAAUUAAAUAAUUGUAUUUUAUGUAAAAUUAGUUAAGAGUUUUGUAAGAGAAAUGCUACAGUAGGUUUGUCUUAGCAUGAAUGAUUGUGAACACAUUACAGACAUGCAGGGCUUUCACUACUAAUUAAUGAAACGAGUGUGUAUGUGUGAAGAUUUUAAAAAUUGUUGUUAUGGGUUUUGAUUUCUGAAAAUGUUUCUGAACUGGCCAUUUCAGUGAGAAGGGGGUUUUAUUUCGUAUUGCUAUAUUUUUUGACUCAGUUAAAUUCCCUAUUUGCCGAUGCUUAUACUUCUGAUGGCAAAAAUAUUCUGACAUACUACAGAAUUUAUUUUGAAGCAAAUAACUUCCUUAACUUGUGGGAAUUUUAUUACACAAAGAGUGAAAAGGCUAGAAGAUAAAACUUUAAAUACUACUUGACGUUAAUUUAAAAUAUUACAAGUAACUUAUGUAUAUUUGGAUCUAAAGAUUUUGUUUCUCCUGCAUUUAUAAUGAAAUUUGUAGAGGAUGAUGGUGUAAUCAGGACAACUCAGAUGGUUGCUCUUUUCUGCCCCUCUAUGAUUAAGUCUUCUCUUUAAACACUAAUGGAAUGUGAGUGGACAGAUGAGUAAAAUUAAUCUAAAUUAAAAAAUUGUCCUGACAAAAAUAAUAGAAUAUUGAAAAUGAAUAGAAAAUAAACACAGAAGUGUUCGUCUCGUGAAUAAACAAACAAGAUCAUAAAUAGUCAUACUCCAGUGAAAGUGUGAAAGCGUUAGUUACUCAGUCAAGUCUGACUCUUUGUGACCCCAUGGACUGGAGACCACCUUGCUCCUAUGUCCAUAGGAUUCUCCAGGCAAGAACACUGGAGUAGGUUGCCAUUCCCUUAUCAACAUCCGCCUGAAAAAAUUGCCCCCGUGUUCAAUCCUGACACCAUCCCAGGCUCACAUAAUUUCUAUAUAUUUUAUUUUAAGUAAAUCUCCAAUCAUCAGUAUGUAUGACAAUCCAUUUUGAAUGGAAUAAUUAUGUUUUCUGAAGCAGAGUCAUAAUCAGUGUUUCCAGAUGAAGGUGCAUAGUUGAACUAAUUCAUUAUGUUGUCCUUUUCUUUUUGAUAAGAGAAUGUGUUCUGAGAGUAUUGAUUAUGAAGAUUUUUUUUCAAGUAUUUCAUAAAACAUUAAGGUUUGAUGAAGUUAGUUGUAAAUAUUCCAGAUAUCAGAUGCCCUGGAAUGGUCACAAAAUAUGAAGAAUUAAUUGUAUCUUAAGACAACCAUUUGAAAAAAAAUCAUGAUGUGGAAUAUAUAGCUUAAACAUUAACAGAAACACCAACGCUAUUGAAGUAACACGUAACUUACAAAAACCAGUGAAAAAGGAAGUAUAAAAUGGUGUGUUAAACAAUGUAAUUAAUAUGGUUGUGCCUUUUUUCUUUAUACUGUGGUUGAAUUUUCCUGGAAAUAAAUUAAAAGUAUAGCUAAAGUAGGGUGUGUUCAUGAAUGUGAUGAGCAACAAUUCUAAAAACACCAAAAAUGCAAGAUGGAAGUUUUUUUAAAAAACAUCUGGCACCUGAGGCAUAUAUGCACUUCUGGACUCCAUAUAUGUGCCUCUGGACUCCAGUGCUAUGCCUCUGCUAAAAAUAUUAAUUAGAAGGCAAAAAGGAAGAACAAUAAAAAUUGUUGUAACGAAUUCAUAAAAAUGGGGAGAGUUUCAUGGAAUUAUUUUUGCUUGCUGACCACUAAAAUUUUUAUUUUCUUAAAUUUUCAGCAUUUACUACAUAACUGAUGAAAACUGUGUCUAUUACCUAGAGAAAAUGUCAUAUAUUCAUAAAUUUAGACGGAAAUGUUUAUUGGUGCCAUGACAAGAUUCAUUUUUUUUUUUCUGGUGUUGUUUUCUUUUCGUUUGUUUAUGUUAUUUUGGUAAGUUUACCUCACCAUUCACAGAUUUUGUUAUUUGAACAAUUCAGGUCUGUAUUUAUUUAGACUUUUGCUUUAAAAAUAUCAGAUGUUAACUUUUCCAAUAUAAGAGAUUUAUAAUGUGAUCAAAUAUUCUUAGAAGUCUUGCAGGUUUAAUGGAUUUUCUAAAGCAAAAGAUUGCAUUGAAAAGUUUGUGAGCUGCAUUCUAUUUUCACAGCAUUCUCAAUUUUGUCUCCUUUAAGUUUUAUUAAAUCCAUGAAAAGCUUAUUAUGUUUCACUAAGCCAGGUGAAUUUAUGGAUAUAUACUUGUCUUUUCUAUGAAUGUAAUAUCUUACUUUCAUUUUUUCACAGGCUAUUGAAAUUACUAAACCAAUUAAAACAUUCUCUGUGUUAUUUCCCAAAGCCAACUAUGUUUGUCAAAAUCUCACCAGGGUGAGAAAAAAUAACGAUUGUGACACAAAAGCAUUUGUGCAAUAUUCUUUUUUGAAUUGGAACAUAAUAGUUAUCAAAUUAAAAUCAUUUAAAAUGAA